CGGGAAACUACUCACUUGUGAAUAAAACACAGAAAGAGCGAUGACUCUUUUUCACCAUGUUAUUGAUCGAGGAGUUUCAAAAAGAAAAUGUAAUGAUCAUCGUCGGUCGUUUCCUCUGUCUUCUCUGCUGGACGGAUAUCAGUGCACUCGACCCGAUGAACAUGUUUCAUAUGGAGUCUCAGCUGCUGCUGUGCCGCCGUUUGGAUGCACAUUUUGCUCUGCACCCGGCCAGCAGAGUUGUUUAGCUGUUGCAAAUGAAGAAGGACUUGUGUCUAUCUUUAAUACUGGAGAAAAACAGAGCUUUAUACUGAAAGAGUGGCAGGCACACGAUAAUGCAGUUUUUGACAUUGCUUGGGUUCCUGGUGUGAGCAGCUUGGUGACCGCCUCUGGUGACCAGACCGCCCGUCUGUGGGAUGUGCCCACUGGUGACCUGCUGGGAACAUUUAAAGGCCAUCAGUGCAGUCUUAAAUCAGUGGCUUUCUCGAUGCAAGAUAGAGCUGUAUUUAGUACUGGAGGCAGAGAUGGGAACAUAAUGCUCUGGGAUAUAAGAUGCAGCAAAAAAGAUGGUUUCUACAGACAGGUAAAGCAGAUCAGUGGUGCUCAUAUGAAACCCGAAAGGCACAUGCCUCAAGCAAAGAAGAGACGAGGAAUGGCGCCCCCUGUGGACACCCAGCAGGGUGUGACAGUGGUUUUGUUCUGUGACGAGAACAGGCUCAUCUCUUCAGGAGCAGUAGAUGGGACCAUUAAAAUGUGGGAUUUGCGGAAGAACUACACUGCAUACUACCAGAACCCUCUCCCUCUACAGGCUUAUCCUUACCCGGGUUCCUGCACACGCAAACUAGGUUAUUCUGGUCUUUCACUUGACUCUACUGGCUCCAGGCUGUUCUCCAGCUGCACAGAUGACAACAUCUACAUGUUCAACAUCAGUGGUUUGAAAACUACUCCAGUUGCUGUCUUUAGUGGUCACAGUAACUCCUCAUUUUAUGUAAAGUCCAGUGUCAGUCCAGAUGACCAGUUCCUGGCUAGUGGCUCAAGUGACCAUAACGCUUUCAUAUGGAAGAUUUCAAACCCAAAACAAGCUCCUUUUGUUCUCCAGGGUCAUAGCCAGGAAGUCACUUCAGUGGCCUGGUGCCCAACCGAUUUCACCAAGAUUGCUUCCUGCUCUGAUGACAACACUGUUCGGAUCUGGCGCCUGAACCGCAGACCAGAAGGAGAAAUCUCUGCAAACAGAGAGGCCAAUGUUGUAGGCUGGACGCUUCGUAAAAUCCAAUUACCAUCCAGAACACCUGACCUUCUCAGCCCUGUUCCUCUCACUCCCGCCAAAAGUCCAGGGUCAGAGAGUGCUGUCUAUCUGGCUUCACCCCAGCCUGCUGCUUGUGCCCCCAACAGUGCUGAUUUACCCCUCCCAUCCAACACAUCCGCACCAGUGGCCAAACUAAGCAGCCCCAAAGUCCCUUCAUCUAUCCAGCAGUGGAUCAGCCACAGUUGUUCUCCAUGUAAUCAGUGCACAUCUCCACUUCGUAAAGUGCUCAAACCUGUUCUUCAGGGUCCUUCCUCUGAACAGCGUGCCAAGCGACGACUGGAAACGGGUGAUGAUGCUGGAUCUGGUUUGGGCGAGGAGAAUGGAUUAUCUGAAUUGUAUCCUGAUAUGAAGGGGAGGAGUUCGGUGAGCUCACAGAACGGUCCUGAAGAAAACAGAGACUUACUCCAUUUGGAAACUGAGGAGAGGCUCCAUUCAAUGGUUGAAGCUGGUAAAGAGAACCACUCUCCAAGAAGGACUGAUUGGUUGUCCGUGAUCAGCCAGAGACAUAAAAGUUCAGCUCAACCCAAAAAUGCCAGCAGCAGCAGCAACAGUAAACGACAGGAUGGUAGAAUACACCGCUCUCCUGCAGCAGUCUCUCCACGUCCCAUGAGUGCAGUCUCCCCUCCACCAGCCCAGAAAGCAUCACCUUUCAGACCUGUGAAAAAAAUCUCUAGCUACUUUAUGAAAAGGCCUCAAGACUGAUCAUUAUUCAAUAAUCAGACUGUCCCAUGGAGAAGUGCCUGAUGUUUUAUGAUCAUCUAUUGUUUAAAUUCUGCUCCAUGUUUUCUUUAAAUAUGCAGCCUGUAUUUAUGUAUGUGAUAUUUGUAUUUCUAUCUAGUUGUAGGUUUUUUAAUAUUAUUUUUUAUUUUUAUUUAGGGGUAAAAGUGAAGGACAAUGAGAACUUUAGUUAUUUGACACUACAGAUUUUGGGGAGUUUAAUUGCAAAGUUUUAAUACUUGGUGUACUUUCUCCUAGAACUUUACACUGUUUAACUUGCAUUUUAAAUUAGUUGCAUAAAUAAUGUAAAAGUCUUCCCACAACAGUGUUUGUACACUGUACUUGACUGUUAUUUUGAUGAUUCAAAUUUGAAAUGACCUUUAUUUGAGCUUGUCUAUUCAUAAACGUGGGUGACAUGGUUUUCGUAGUUCUAUAUUGAUAGUAAUGCAGCACUUUACAUAACUAAUCAAUUUACAAUUAGCUCAGUGUGUUUAAUCUAUCGAGUGUUUGUAAUGCAGUAAGACUGUGCGUGCUGCUGUAAAAAAAAAAAAAGGUUUGCGUGACUUGCAGAUUUGUCUGGAAUCUGACCUGACCUGAUAGUUCUGCUGCUAUAUUUAGGUCCUGCUUGUUUUAUAUCUACUGUUCUUUAGCAUUUUAUGUGACCUGUUGAAGGUAAUAACUUGGCUAGUCAAAACGAUUACACUUUGUAAAGUUCAGUUUGAUUGUAACCGUUUUUUUUUAUUAUUAUUUUAUUUUUUUUAUUAAAAGCUGCCAUUUAAAGUUAUGCUGUAGAGUUUAAGCGCUCCUUUUACAAUGUUACUUGAUUGGACACAAAAACAUUCUCACUGACAACUAGUUCUAAUACAUGUACAGUCUCUUGCAUAUAAUUUUGUCAUUUAUUUAACGUUUGUAGAUAU